GGCUUCGUCCCGUCCUUCUCCCCCCACUCACCCACCCGCCACCACCACCACCCCUCCCCACCGACAGACGGACACGGACAGUUUCCCAGGCCAGUCAUGGCAGACAGGAAGGGCACCGGCAAAACACCGCUGAGGAAGAAGGAGAAGAAGCCAGAGGCUAAAGACGCGAAAGCAGAGAAGGUUCCGGAGCCAGAAAAGGCAAAGGAGAAAGAGAAAGCAGAGGAACAGCCGGUGCAGGCAGAGGGGGAAAAGCCAGGGGAGAAACCUGCGGCGAACGGGGGGGCCGCGGAAGGGGCAGCAGCCAGUGGGGAGAAUGGAGAGUUCCAGUUCCAGCCCAUUGAGCUGCCUCCCUUCGAGAUCAUUGAGGGAGAUCGAAUUAGCCCCUUCUUCUUCAAGUUCCAGUUUAAGAACGUGGAGUAUUCCUCAGGCCGGAACAAGACCUUCCUGUGCUUCCUGGUGGACUCGCAGGGAGGCAACGGCGAGGUGAAGCGGGGCUACCUGGAGGAUGAGCACUCGGGCACUCACGCCGAAGAGGCCUUCUUCCACCUGGUGAUGCCCAAGUAUGACCCGGCGCUGCGCUACACGGUCACCUGGUACGUGUCCUCCAGCCCCUGCCCGGCCUGCUGCGUCAAGCUGGCCGAGAUCCUCCGGGCGCGCAAGAGCCUGCGCCUCACCAUCUUCUCCGCCCGCAUCUUCAUGUGGGAGGAGCCCGAGGCACAGGCGGGCCUGAAGGCCCUGGCCGCCGCAGGCUGCAAGCUGCGCAUGAUGAAGCCCACAGACUUUAUCUACACCUGGGACACCUUCGUGGAGAACGAGGACGAGAAGUUUGAGCCCUGGGAGGACUGCAUGGAGAAUUACGAGUACUACCAGGAGAAGCUGGCGGACAUACUUCAGUAACAGGCUUGCUGAUAAAUGAAAGCACACACAAGCUUCUGGCAUUCAACCUCUGCCUUACGACCGGAGUAUGCUGCCCCCCCCCCCCCUUUCACCCUGCUAUAGAAACAAAGCCUUUCCUCUUACAGACACUGUAUGGAUACUAUGGAGGUACAUUCUAUUCUCAAACCCAUACUUUAAAGUCAGGGGCAUUGCCCUAAAAGGGGCUGUUUUUAAACCCCAGAGCUGGGACACACAAGUAAUCUCCAACCUGCCCGUCAGCACUGAGCACUCAGCCUCUGUCAACACAAACUGAGAUGCUUCCAUGACACCUGAUCCUUUCCAAAUUGAAUGUACCGCCUACAUUAAGAAACGUCUGUCAACCUUAUCACCUGCUUUGACCUCUGCUGAAGCAUCAGUGUGGUCUUUCUCAACACCUUUGGGGUUAAUGAAAAACAAAAUACUGUAAAUUGAUUAUUAGUGAACAGAUCAAUUUAAAAUAUCUAAUGGCAUUGUUGUUGUUUUUUAUAUUUAAAAAAAACCUUAAUUCAUACCAAGAAUGCUUAGGUUUUGAUGCUUCUAUUCAGAUAUUUAGGUUUUAUAUUUUUUAUGUUUUGAUUUAUUCAAUAAUUCAAGAUUCAAACAUUUAAAUUGGGAAAAUACACAUUUGGUACAGUUUCAAGCACAUUGAGAAUGAACUAUAAUUUUUUGAAUGUUCAUGAAACACAUAGCCUAUAUUUGUUACAUAGACUAAUUUGUUUUCAUGCAACUUUCGUAUUAUAGAGAACAUUCUCUUUAAAACAACCACUGAUAGUUUUCAUAAUGAUUAUUUGGACUACUGUUUAUCUUUUGUUUACAACAUAUUUUUUGUGCAAUUAAAUUCACAAUGCACUAAAGUAAAGCAAGAAGCUGAGAUGUUCAUGUUAUUUUAUGAAUCUGUUCUAUAAAUGUAUACACAUUUGUAAUGAAUAAUUUUAGACAUAAAGGGUAAGCAAUGAUUAUAAUCAUGCUAAUAGCCAUUUUUAAAAAUCUGUACUGGAAGAUUUGCUUGCAAUAUUGUACAUUAAAAUGACUGCUAAGGAUAGUUCCUUAGGAUUAUGCCUAGGUUUUCAUGGUAUAGGUUACAGGCAAUAGAAAUUGAAUAAAUGCUUUUCAGAAUAUAAAAAAAUAUAUGAA